GGAGCUAGCUAGGUACUCCACCACUUAAGUGCUUCUGUUCUUCUUCCUCCUGUCCGCGCCCGGCGCCCCUGCCUCGACGACACCGGCCGUGCUGGACGGUUCUCCAUCGCAUCCCUCGUCUCCUGUUGCCGAACUACAGCACGCGCACCACCCCUCUCCACUGGCCGGAUCCAUACACACAAUGAAGCCAGCGGACCAAGUGGAGAUUUGGGAGGCCAUCUUGGCGGAUCCGCUUGAUUGGCUUCCAUCUUCUGUUACUAUUCCUCCUCCAAGCCAGGUGGAAGAGUACUUCAGUUAUGUGUAUGGCGAUGAUGACAUGGAAAUCAACAAAUUUGCACAAGAGCCCGAAGAUGGGCAGUGCCACCAGCAAUAUUUGGGAGAAUUCAUAUUAAACAAAAAUGGGAGGUGUGCCCCACAAGGUCCUCGCAAGAGGAGGAUAUUUCCUUCGGAAAGUAGAGGCAAGAAAUUGCACAGUCGAAAAAACAAUGAACACUGGACACGUGAAGAAGUGAAGAAGCUGAUUAGGGGUGUUAGGAGAUAUGGUGAAGGGCGAUGGACUAAGGUGAAGCGUCAUUACUUCUCAUCAUCAGUUCGAAAGCCAACACAUCUCAAGGAUAAGUGGAGAAAUAUCCGGAGAGCUUGUGGAGUCCCGUGCCGCUCCAAAAGGAAGGAGAAGGCACAGAAGACUAUGUUCCGGCCCCUAGAUUCAAAGUCGGUCAAAGAGAUCCGAAGGUUAGCAAAGAAACACAAUGUGAAAUGAACAACUAGCUGCAAAUGACAACCAAAUGGUAGUUGAGGCUUUGUACGUUUUAUGUAAGUGAAGCAAAAUCUAAUGUUGUCUCUUUCAGAACUGGGAAGCAUGUAAAUAUAUUAUGUAAGAA